CACUGUCACAUAAAUAAUGAAUGAAUUUGACAGAAAAACAAACGCAGGAAAUCCAUGUGCGUUACAUUUUUCUUAUUUUGAUAGUAAUUAAUAAUUACAUCAGCAAGAUGAAUCUACUACCUAAAAGCCACAAGGAAUUCAGUGAAAAGGACUACUGGAACAAAUUCUUCAAAAAACGCGGCAACAAGGCAUUCGAGUGGUAUGGCGAGUACUUGGAGUUAUGUGGACAGUUACACAAGUAUAUCAAGCCAAAGGAUGCGAUACUUAUAACAGGAUGCGGUAAUUCGAGCCUUAGCGCGGACCUCUACGACGUUGGAUAUGAAAACAUCACAAAUAUAGACGUUUCAGAAGUAGCUAUCAAGCAAAUGAACUCCAUAAAUUCUCACAGAAUAAACAUGAAAUUCCUCUGUAUGGAUGCUUUGAACACAACUUUCUCUGAUGAGGAAUUUAACGUAGUUUUAGAUAAAGGUACUUUAGAUGCCCUCAUGCCUGACGAUUCGGAAGAAACGCAAAAGACCAUAGACAAGUACUUUGCUGAAAUCAAAAGAGUUCUAAAGCUUGGAGGUCGGUUUGUGUGCAUAUCUUUGCUUCAAAGCCAUAUUUUAAGUAAAUUAUUGGAGACAUUUUGUGAUAAGUCUUGGAUGUUCCGAGUGGUGAGAUGCCAUGAAGCUGAAGAGAGGAAUGCUGAAAACGCUGAUGGACCUACACUACCUGUAUUUGUUGUUGUUGCUACUAAGUUCAAGGCAAUGCCACAAUUAAUAUUAGAAUUAUGCCUGGCCGGUGAGAAGAUGCAGAGACUACAGACCCCUGAAGAGUUGAAGACUUAUGUAAAGUCAGCUCAGGACGCUGCAUUUGUUACUAAUGGACUUGCCAAAACUAGCCUGGAUGAAGAUAAUGAAGUAUCUCUGGACCUGAUGCAGCCAGGAGAAGACACGCCGCGGUACACUCUGUAUGUAGUAGACCAGAAGCGUUCACAGGCCAUCAACAAGUAUGCAGUCUUCAUAGUACCACAGGGCAGAGAAUCAGAGUGGUUAUUCGGCACGCCGGCCGGUCGGCGUCAGCUGCAGGACUCAGCACGGUUCGGCAGGCUCGUGGUGGCGGUGCUGCGGAGAGGACACAAGUUCGAGUCUCUAGACGCCGUGAAAGAAGAACUAGCUCACGCCGCUAAAAUGCUUAUUCCUUAUGGGUUGACGGGACAGAUCCCGUUCCUCUCUCUAGGCAGCGACGUGGGGCGCCGCGUGAAGGUGUUCGAGGGUAGCUCCACCUUCUCCGGGGACUUCGUGGUGGAGGACGUGGAUGUAGACGGCGCUACCCACAGGAGGCUCGUGUUCUUGGACAACCAGUUCCUCGUGCAGUCUGAAGCUAAGUUGAAGAGUGUAAAAAGGAAAAACAAGACCAAACUAGUGGUGGAUUUCGGCCACAUAUCACUCUACCACUCUUUCAUGUGUGUGGGAGUUCAAAUCGCUAGGUCACCUACCACCAACGUAGCUGUCCUGGGUCUAGGCGGAGGCAGUCUCUGUAUGUUCCUGAGGAAAUGCUACGAUAAUCUCAAGGUCACAGCUGUUGACCUUGACCCCGCGAUGUUAGAGGUCGCCAAGAAUCAUUUUGAGUUGCAGACUGAUGAGAAGUUGGAAGUACAGAUUAAAGAUGGCUUGGAUUUCUUGAAGGAUGAGGUUAAGAAUGGUAACCGCUACGAGGCAGUAAUGUUCGACAUGGACAGCAAGGACCGCACGGUGGGGCUGUCGUGUCCUCCGCGACAGUUCCUCGACAACCAAGUGCUUGAUGAUGUUAAGAAAAUACUUACGGAUGAUGGCCACUUCAUCCUAAACUUAGUCUGCCGCGACGUAGAACUCCAGCAAUCUAUAAUGGACACGUUAAAACGCCACUUCAAGCAUUUAACAUCCGUCAAAUUGUAUGAAGAAGUGAAUGAAAUAAUAUUUGCUAGCAAUAGUACUAAGUUAUAUAAUGCCGAUGGUUUUGACAAAGCUGUGAGAGAGUUAAACACAUGUGCUCGGAAUAAGAAACUUGUAGAUAUCAGAUGUGUGGACUUGAAAGAUUUUAUGCAGUCAUUAACUAUUAUUUCAUAAGAUUUUUUAUUUGAUUGUAAGUAGAUAUUAUGUUGAUGUUGGUCUAACUCACAGCUAUUUAUAAUGUUGCAAGUAAUGAAGUAUAUGAUUUGGGAGAUAAAGCAGUUUUUUCUGUUAUGAACUCAAACUUAAAUAAAUGUAAGGUAUGUAAGCCGAAAUAUGAUUCUAUGCCCAAGCCAAUAGAUGGUAAUGUCGUACGAUUUCAGGUUUAGAUAACCCCAUAGCACGGUUUAAUCACGGGCCUGUAAUACCCCUGUAAUAUAGAUUUUUAAUAAAAAUACUAUUUGCUCACUUUGUCUCUAAGCAAGUCACGUUUUAUCAUAUUGUUAAUGCCAUAGAUCUUAUUUAUAUUUAGAUUAAGCUCAACAAGUAUUUAAUACAGAUUGAUAACUCUAUUCAGCAAUUUCGAUUGUAUUCAGUUGUAGUGCUCAAGUCAAAUUCAACAAACAAAGCUAUUAUUAAAGUUGUUUAAUAACUUUAAGAUAUCAAUAUUUACAUUAUGUAUGAGGAUGUUCUUGCUGUUUGUAAAUAUUAUGUCUAAGUGCAUUAUAUUUUGUGUUUGACACUAUGAAUGAAGUUGACAAUGAACUGAGAUUGUAAAUACAGGAUACUGUAGGUUUUAUCCUAAUUUUAUCGUAGAAUCGUUGAUACUAUCAAUUUAUUUAAGUAUAACUUUCUGUGAUAGGUGUAAUUGACUUUGUAAUAAAAUAAAAGAACAGAAUAAAAUUAAUGCAUUUAA